AUGUUUCUUUUUCUUUUUUCUGUCCUUUUUCUUUCUUUCUUUCUUUCUAUUUGUCUUUCUUUUUCUUUUUGUUUUCCCUUUCUUUCCUUUUUCUUUCUUCUUUCUUUCUAUGCCCCUUCAUAUCUAUCUAUGGAUCUAUCUCAGUCUAUGCAUAUCUAUCUAUUUAAAUUCUUCUUGUAUACUCCGAGAGCAAUUCCAGGAGGUUUAACCUUAAGAGAAUGCCUGUACAUGGCUGAAAAACUCCAUGAUACUGGUCGUCUCUCAGUGGUGGACAUUGUCGAGUUGAAUGUCUCCCUUGGAAAUUCAGAAGAUAAAGAUAAAACAGUGGCGAACACCAUCAGAGUGAUUGAACAUUUCUAUGGGAACAAAAGAGCUGGAGUCCCUUUCUCUUUCUUUCUCUCUUUCUUCUCUCUUUCUCUUUUUUUCUCUUUCUUCUUUCUCUCUUUUCUUUUCUCUUUCUUCUUUCUCUCUUUCUUCUUUUCUUUCUCUUUCUUCUCUCUUUCUUCUUUCUCUCUUUCUUCUUUCUCUCUUUCUUCUUUCUCUCUUUCUCUCUUUUCUCUUUCUCUCUUUCUCUCUUUCUCUCUUUCUCUCUUUCUCUCUUUCUCUCUUUCUCUCUUUCUUCUUCUUUCUCUCUUUCUUCUUCACUCUCACUCUUCUUUUUAA